AUGAACCCAGGAGGUGAAGAUUCUGGCGCCUUUUGCGGCUGGGGCUUCAACGACUGGGGCUUCAACGACUGGAAAGGAAAGAGGAAAGGCAAGGGCAAAGAGAAAGGAAAAGAUGGCCGAGAAAAAGGCAAAGACAAAGGGAAGAAAGGCAAGGGCAAAGAUGGCAAGGAUUUUCUGCCACCCCUUGUGGAUGGAAAGGGCAAAGGCGGCUACCAGGAGCAGCUGAGACCAGCCAACUUCUGGGAAAGCUGGACGGGGCAAGACAUUGAAAAGUGGAAGGCGCAGAGGGACGAUGUGUGGAAGUCCUUGCAGUUAACGAAUCCACUGCAGAGCCUGCGGUCUGUCCUGAAACAAAGCCAGAUACGAUAUUGGCUCGUCAGCAUGCGCUCAGAGUUGAAGCAUGCCGCGAAACAGCGAAACGACCGCCACAUCAAGGCACGGGAAGCACCCAAAGCGGAGGCUCCCCCUGCGCUAAAGGCGCGUGAUGCAGGGUCUGGGGUUUGGACCAAGGAGGCUUUGACAGGAAAAAUGGGUCAACUCAAUUCCCAGGCAAAUUGGGUCGUGCACUUUCCACCUCAGCUCCUUGAGGAAGGCGUGCCGGUGGAACGCUCCAUCUCGUCCAAGCUCCGAGAGGUGCAGCUGAAGUUGGAAGGACUGGUCCCCACAGGAUGCUCCAUGACCAUCCGGGUGAAUGGUGUGGAAACAGCUCUGGAGAGGAAGGAGGUCCAGUCCAAGCGUGGAGAGGCACCGAGGGGAUGGAAGCAACAGUUGACCCCGGUGGCCGAACAUUCUGAGCCUUCUGGGCUUCACUGCAUCGGGAUUGCUUUGGAAAGUGGCUGGAAGAAGAUUGGCUCCAAGUUCAACGACCCUCAAGUCAUCCUGAUUAGAUGGAUGCCGGAGGACUUCGAGGCAAAGCACCCAAUCGAAGGCGAAAACGCCUCGGGCGCGAAGCGCGAGACGGCGGGCUUUGAGCCAUGGAUUUGUUUGGAGGGUUGCACCUUGGUGGCCCGCACUGAUCAGCAGCUGCUAGUGCCCACCAUCGAUGUGGUCGAGGUCACCAUUUCAGAUUUACAUCAAAUCACCGAGGAUUCUGAGAAGAUUUCCAGGAACCUCUCCGGCGAGACCUUCGAGCUGACGGUCUAUGCCUCCGGCUGUGCGGUGUCUGCCGCCUCCACCUUGGUACAGAAGGGCCCUGUGAGGCCAGUUUUAAAGCGAGGGGUUGAGGGGGGUUGGAUGUGA